AUAAUUAUAUAUAUAUAUAAUUAAUUUAAUAUAUGAAUAUCUUUGUACAAAACAAAACUAUUAAAAGCAAUGGAAUCUCAAACUUGUGUGAUUUGUGGAGGACAUUCAGUUCAUAAAUGCAGUGCCUGUGAAAAUGUUUAUUACUGCAGCAAAAAACAUCAAAAAGAAGAUUGGAAAAAACAUUCAAAAAUUUGCAAAUCCUUUAAGUUAGCAGAAAAUCCUUCGUUGGGUCGUCAUUAUAUAGCUACGAGAAAUAUCAAAGUUGGAGAAAUUAUUCUACGGGACGAUCAACCCUUGAUAACAGGUCUUAUGUACAACACUGUCCCUGUGUGCCUUCAAUGUUAUACGGUGUUAAAUCAAGAGAUUGCAAUACCUUGUGAAAAAUGUGGCUGGCCUCUUUGUCAAAACUGUAACGAACAUGGAUUGGAAUGUAAAUUUUCUUCUUCUCGCAGAGAUUCUAAGAUUUCAAUAACCGAAUUUGGCUAUCCACAUCCGAGUUACCAAUGCAUAAAUGUUAUAAGAGCUUUGUCAUUGAAGGAUACUAAUCCAGAAUCUUAUAAAAAGUUAAUAUCCCUCGAAAGUCAUUGCAAUGAAAUGAAUAAUUCUAAAGAGCCAUUAAAUAUUGCUCAUUUCAUCAAGAGAUUCUUCAAGGCAGAUGACAUAUCGGAAGAAGAAAUUGCAACAAUCAUUGGUAUCUUGCAGGUUAAUGGUCACGAAGUUCCACUAACUGAUUCACCAUAUGUAGCGGUUUAUGAAAUGGCAUCAUUAAUUGAGCAUAAUUGUAGAGCCAAUUGCUCAAAAAGUUUCACUGAUAUGGGAGGAUUGAUUAUUCGUGCUGCACUACCUAUUACGAAGGGAGAUCACAUUUCUAUAUGUUACACUGAUCCAUUAUGGGGUACUGCAAACAGAAGACAUCACCUUCUUAAAACAAAAUUUUUUGAAUGUAUUUGUAAUCGAUGUCAAGAUCCUACAGAAUUUCAAACUAUGUUUAAUGCUUUAAAAUGCAAUAAUAUAAAUUGUUCGGGAUACAUAUUGCCAAAAACUUUCCUUGAACAGGAACAAGAUUACAUAUGCAAAAUUUGUGAAUCAGUCGUUUCUUGUACAGAGAUUGAAAAAGUAUUGGAAGACAUUGGUAUAGACCUAUCAAAUAUGAAGAAAAACGAUAUUGUUGCAUGUAAAGAAUUUCUAGACCGAUAUAAAAAUGAUCUUCAUCCAAAUCAUUAUUAUAACAUCGACGUAACGAUCGCCUUGGCUCAAUUGAUCGGGCAACAAACUGGUGGAUUGGCGGUAAUCGAGGAAAAUCUUCUGAUUGAGAAAAUAAAAUUAUGCAAAAAAUUGGACACUUUGCUUAAAUUACUCGUUCCAGGUGAAGAAUUCUCGAAAACCCUAUUCGUUCUAAACCGAUUUCUACGACGACUGAACGAAGUUGGACGUCAAUCAAUCGUCUUACCGAUCUCACAACAUGCUUGGCUAUCGGUAAAUAGAGCUGAAAAUCGAAUUCGUGGUUUAAUUCUUUUCGAGUUGCAUGCAGCUCUUGCAGAAUUAAGUAGACGAUAUAAAAACGAGGAAACCAUGAUAUCAUUACUGGAAUCAAAAAAAUAUUUAAUUGAUGGCUAUCAAUUGUUAAAAUAUGAACCAAAAAUUCUGCCAGAAGGAAAAAUUGCUCAACAUGCUGAGAAAAAUUUAGAAGAAAUAACUAAACUUUUAAAACAGUUUCACAUGAAAUAAAAUUCAUAAUAAAUAUACACUUAAAUAUAUAAGUUCAAUAAAUUUCAAUUUGUUCGAAACAAAUAUUAUAAGAAAUAUCAAAUUGUAAGAAUCUUUUUUAAAGAAAUAAAU